AUGAAUUUGAUAAGUAAAAUUUAUCGCAUUUAUAGAAGGGGAGAAAAAAAGGAGGAUUUAAAAAUAAGUGAUAAGGAGGAACCAUUGAUUAUAUCCAGAACAAGAAUGUCGUUAUUAGAACUAGAAAUAAAAACUUUAGCUCACUUUCUUUCUAGAGAAAUAAAAACGAGUUUUCAACUUUCUAAUUUGCCCGAAAUUAAAUGGGCUGAAAUUACUCUCGAUGAUUUGGAUAAACUUGAAUCAAUUUUACUGAAAGAUAUAUACGAAAUAGAAAUUAACCCAAUAAUUAAACCAUUGAUCUCUAUUUUAAGAGGGUUAUUAGAUACACACAAAAAGUUUUUUAACGGCAAAGCAAUGCCCUUUUAUGUAAAAUUAAAGAGUGAUAAUAUACAUAAUGCAUGUAUUUUUGAGGAAAGAGUUAACUUUCCAUAUAGAAACGAUAGAAAAUAUAUCAGACAAUUUGAAAGUACAAAUUUUAACAAUAAAACUCCGAAAGCUCAUGUGCUUCCAACUACUCCAAGAAAUCUUUCGGACUUUAAUCAAAAAAUAGAGCUGCCAAUAAAAAGUAGGUCAAGCCAUUUGAACUUAACCUCUUCAACUCCGAGAAGUACUUCUUGCCAAACUCCUAGAUCAAAAAACCACUUAAGAUACACAAAUCCAGAUUGCUUUACACCAAAGUUUGAGAUCAAUAAAAAGAAUUAUUAUGUCUCUGGUGACUUGAAUACACCAAGAAAAGGUUUAAAAACAGGAAUGGGUAACAAUUCUAAAGUAACUAAUGGACAACCCGGAAGUAUUAUGGCAGCAAAAGCGUUACUAGGAUUAAGUGUAAAUUUACCUGCAAAUGAGCAAGAAAUAAGAAAAGCAUAUUUGAAAGCUGCAAUGAAGUGGCAUCCCGACAAGAUGAUUUCAAGCACAAAUGACAAGUCACAUAAUUGUUUUACUGCAAUUCAACACGCAAUGGAAAUAUUGUUGCAAAAUAUUUCGAAAAACGGAGAGGUUUAG